AUGACGCUCACGCCGCCGCCAAUUGACCACAUAGACUACCGAUAUCCACUGUAUAUCGGCGAAUGGACCAAGUCGCUCCCGUCUGUCGACAGCCAGUUUGCCACAGAUAACCUCGACGAACCACACCUGAAACGUCGGUUAACCAUACUCAAACACCAUCCCGAAAUCGAAAAGCUUUACGGAUACGAUUCAUGUACAGUAUUGAUCGCACUCGUUGCCGUAUUUGUUCAGCUGUCUGCAGCUUUUGUUUUUGGCCGGAUUCUCGUCGAUUGGCAUUGGACAAUGUACAUAUACGCCUAUGUGGUUGGAGGUUCGGCGUCGCAAUUACUAGGAACAAUAAUCCACGAGGCGGCUCAUGGACUGACCGCCAGGACGAUGUUUCAGAAUCGGAUAGUUGGGUUGAUUUCUAAUAUUGGUAUCCCGGUUCCUCUUGCAAUGUCGUUUCGUCGAUAUCACCUCGAGCAUCAUGUGAACUUGGGUAUAGUUGGAAUAGAUCCAGAUCUGCCAAUGGAAUGGGAGGCCAAGUUCAUUGGCGGUAAUGCGAUAAUGAAGUUUUUAUGGCUGAACAUAUAUCCCAUACUGUAUAUUGCACGUGGAAUUGCGAUACAAAAGUAUCCACCACAACUGUGGGAGUAUUUGAACAUAGCGUUUAAUAUUGUGGCCAAUGUGUUGAUAUAUGUCGCAUGCGGUAUGCGAGGGUUUGCCUAUUUGUGUCUAUCUGUAUGGUUUGGAUAUGGGUUACAUCCGGCUGCCGCACGUUUGAUACAAGAACAUUAUACUUUCGACGAUGGGCAAGAGACCUAUUCGUACUAUGGAAUUCUUAAUUAUUUAUUCAUGAAUAGCGGAUACCACAACGAACACCAUGACUUUACAAAGGUAAGCAAGCAAGACGAAGAGAGUAGGGGUUUUGCAUUGUUGUCAUUUGCGGUAGAUCUUGACGAUGCCAAUAAUGGGGAGAUCCCGUGGUCACGUCUUCCGGAAGUACGCAAGAUAGCAAACGAGUAUUAUGAAAAUAUGGCCUAUCACACUUCAUGGUUAAUGGUGCACUGGAACUUUAUCACGAAGACCCAAUUUGGGCCGCAAAGCCGCGUUAAAAGAACAGCUGUCAGUCAAAAACGGGGACGGAAACUCUUGGGCUUGUUGAAAGAGGCACUAAAUAAAGAGGGAAACCAACAGUCGAUGUGA